AUGUGCCCUCAGAUCAGCAUUGGGGAGGAUCAUUUCCCAGGGUUUUAUAUUAUGUCACAGUUCCACAUUGCUGAGCUGGCAAAAAGGGGCACUGUUAAAAAGGUUACAGGAUCAUCUCCUGAGCAUGUUGCUUAUCAAAUAGGCCCAGCAUUCAACUUCAGGAUCAACACAAGAUCAGCUUAUCCCCUGGGACUGCCGGAGGAGUUUGCAUUUGUGGCAGUGCUGCGCAUGAGUGGCAGCACCAUCAAUAAAAACUGGAAUAUCUGGCAAAUGCAGGACGUGAAUGGCAACGAGCAGCUGGCCGUCAGGCUCAAUGGGGAGUCUCAGUCUGUGGAGUUUACCUUCACAGCGCUGGAAACCGGGAGGCAGACUGUUGCUUUCAGCCCCCUGACUUUUCUUUUCAAUGAUCAGUGGCACAAAGUCCUGCUACACGUCAACAGGCGCUCAGUUAGCCUUUUCGUGGACUGUGUCAUGAUCGGUUCCCUGAAUAUACCACCUCGACAAAAACACAAUCUGGAUGGAUUCACGUUGAUAGGAAAGCUCAAAGACAACCCGGUGGUGGCAAUUCCGUUUGAACUCCAGUCAAUGCUGAUUCACUGCGACGUGACGAGAGCACGAACAGAUACUUGUUAUGACCUCCCAGCCACGACAUCGACUGAUGUAACAGAGGUGCAGAGGAGCCAAGGACCUCCUGGCCCUCCUGGACCUGCAGGUGUCCCAGGAAUUGAUGGCAUUGCUGGGGAAAGGGGAGCAGAUGGCGAGGAUGGACUUCCUGGACCUGAUGGAGACGCAGGUAAACCCGGCUCUUCAGGAUUACCUGGAAUUCCUGGAAAUGAUGGUUUGACCGGCCCUAUUGGAGAUCCAGGGCCCGACGGCCCCAACGGACAGAAAGGUGAACCUGGAACAUCUGGACCUCGUGGAACAGCUGGUGUUGGGCCAGAUGGACCCCCCGGACCACCCGGGCCUGGAGGACUUCUGGGUGAAGGGGGAAAAGUUGGACCAAUUGGGUCCAUGGGUGUGAGAGGGCCACAGGGACCUGCUGGACCUACGGGGCCCAGAGGUGCAUCUGGAAUGCAAGGCAGUGGCGACCUGUGUCCAAACUCUUGUCCACCUGGGACCUCUGGACAUCCUGGCCUUCCUGGCAUGAAGGGCCACAAAGGUGUAAAAGGUGAAGCCGGAGAACCUGGGAAACAAGGGCACAAGGGUGAGGAGGGGGACCAGGGAGGUCCAGGGGAGGUCGGAUCCCAAGGACCAGUGGGUCCUCAGGGAAUUCGUGGAGCCAUGGGAAUGAUGGGCCGCAAGGGAGACAUGGGAGCUCGAGGUCUUGAUGGAGUUCCAGGUCCCCAGGGUGUUUCAGGGGCAACUGGGGAUCAAGGCCAGAGAGGCGUGAUGGGCGAGCUUGGGCGUAAAGGUGAAACGGGUAUUCAAGGGCUGAGAGGAAUCACAGGUCUUCCAGGUCCCAAGGGAGAGGCUGGCUUGCCGGGUGUGGACGGUCGCGAGGGUAUUCCUGGGAUGCCUGGAGCAAAGGGAGGCAUUGGGAAGGCAGGCGUUCCUGGAGAGGUCGGACUUCAGGGGCUUCCUGGUUUGCCCGGUGUACCUGGACCAAAAGGCUUGAGUGGCCCUAAGGGAGACGCUGGUCAAGCAGGCCUGCCUGGAACAAUGGGACCCGCUGGCAAAGCAGGCGAACGCGGAGAUCAGGGAGAGUUGGGACCUGUUGGACCUAUUGGUGAACCUGGAGCUAUAGGAGAACAAGGCCCCGUAGGUUCAGCCGGCAAGCCAGGUGCCAGAGGACCCAAAGGUGACCCCGGCCUUCAUGGUCUCCCUGGUCCUCCUGGCCUUCCCGGGGUGAAGGGAGAGAGGGGGGAACGUGGAGAAGGAGGACCCAAAGGAGAGCAGGGAUCACAAGGUGAUGAGGGAGACGCUGGAGACAAAGGGGAUAUUGGUGAGUCAGGAGAAUCAGGACCUAAAGGAGAGGUUGGUAACCCCGGCGAGCCUGGCCAAAGAGGUCCCGAGGGAAGUCGAGGCCAGCCUGGAAUCGAGGGGCCGUCUGGCACACCUGGCCCGCGGGGCAUGCAGGGAAACAGGGGUCCACCUGGAGUCAGAGGGUCCCAGGGCCCUGCGGGUAAAGAGCCAAGUGAUCAGCACAUCAAACAAGUUUGCAUGCGAGUAAUGCAAGAACAGCUGGCUCAGCUAGCUGCUAGUUUAAGGAGGCCAGAGUCUGGAGUAGUUGGUUUACCUGGAAAACCUGGACCUCCAGGGCAACCUGGGUCUCCAGGAGACAAUGGCUUCCCUGGGCAGAGUGGAGCAAGAGGCCUUCCAGGACUCAAAGGGCCAUCGGGAAUUAUUGGAGUGAAAGGACCCAAAGGUGAAAUGGGAGACCGAGGCUCCAGAGGGCCCACUGUGCGCGGACCUAAAGGUCAGCCAGGACCUCCUGGACUUCCUGGUGAGCCAGGCAAACCCGGCUACGGUCAGGAUGGUCGGGACGGGCAGAGGGGACCUCCUGGUGUUCCUGGACAGCCCGGUGUACCUGGGCCUCCUGGUGCAGCUGGUCCCAAUGGUUACUGCGACCCGUCAGCCUGCAACCUCCAGGCCGGGGCCGCCCACCAGUCUCUGGAUGUGAAGGGACCUGCAGGGAACUAAGAGCCACUCUGGCACAGACAGAAAGACUGUUGGAUUGGCUCCCCUGAGCACACAACAUUUUUCACACUUUCUUCCCAGGGGCUGGUGAUGGUGUAGUGCCUUCCAUCCAUUCACCUCUAGUCCUGUGAGCAUGUUUUGUGCCAGCCACAUCUCAAUCAGAAGGAGCCAGCCUCUUCAUGGAAAAAAAAACAACACAUUUGUUUUUUGUGUGCUACAAAAAUCUAGCUCGUUCUGGUGUUUUUCAACCUAAGAGAUAUUUUGAUAUUUUCAGGAAGGUGUGCUCACAUUUCUGAGACGAUAUGAAAAUGAACAUAAGUGUAUGUUUAUCCCACUCUCCUUGUACCUCUGCCUGCAUUUUCUUUUCUUGUUCACCAGUAUUUUCUUAAAUAAAAGCUCCUCGACUUUCUCACAGAACAUUUCAAAUAUCCACUCAAAGCAAAUCAGGAUCAGGAUUGUGUUUGGUUUAAGUGCCUUUUUUUCAAUUAUGUUGUUCUGUAUGGGCUAAUGUACCAAAGAUACACCUCGUGAAAGCCCUCUUUUUUAAUAUAAAGUCCUACAUGUCUGACUGUCUUUUCAGCCCCGCUGUUCAAAAUAAAAAGGAGAGAGGAUGAAAAUGUCAUCAAGUCGCACUGACUUCACUUUGUUGAAAAUGUUGUAAAUCUGUAAAAAAAAAAAGAUUGUUUGACUUGUGUGGUUAAUUAUAUUUCCUACAAAACAACCUGAUGUGAGAUUUUGCCUCAUUGUACAUAAUGACAACAGAUGACAGUCGUGCAUAUAUGGAAAUAUAUGUUAGGGAUGAGGGAGACCCUCAUUAUUGUUACAAAUAAAGAAAACAACACA